GAUCACGUUUCACGAGACUUCCGGGUGCUGUCGGUGUGCGUGUUCUUGAUAGUUUGGCGCAGUUUGGAGACAAACUGAGUCGAGGUGCUCUCAACGGUGCGAUGACGGAGUUUCAGGAGAAGCUCAGGGAGCAGCAUGAAAACUCCAUGCACAAGGAGCUUGAGAAGCUGCUUUCCACUACCAAGGGUGCAGAAGCCGAGAUUUCAAGAAAAGAUUUCGAGGGGUUUAAGCAGCUGUUCCACAGGUUUCUCCAGGUGAAGGGUCCAUCUGUGGAAUGGCCCAAGAUCAACAGACCUCCUGAGGACUCGAUUCAGCCAUACGAGAGAAUCCGGGCGAAGCCGUUGCCGCAGGGCGUCGCUGCCAGUCUAAACAAACUGGCCGUGGUGAAGCUGAACGGAGGUCUGGGUACCAGCAUGGGCUGUAAAGGCCCGAAGAGUCUGAUCAGCGUCCGCAAUGAGAACACCUUCCUGGACCUGACCGUGCAGCAGAUAGAGCACUUAAAUAAGACGUACAACACUGACGUCCCUCUGGUCCUGAUGAACAGCUUUAACACCGAUGAAGACACCAAGAAGAUCCUGCAAAAGUACACUCACCACCGCGUCAAAAUACACACCUUCAACCAGAGCAGAUAUCCCAGGAUAAAUAAGGAGUCUUUGUUGCCCGUGGCGACCAACAUGGGUCUGACGGGGGAGAACUCUGAGGCGUGGUACCCUCCGGGCCACGGAGACAUCUACGCCAGCUUUUAUAACUCCGGCCUGCUCGAUCAGCUCAUCUCCGAGGGCAAGGAGUACAUCUUUGUGUCCAACAUCGAUAACCUGGGUGCCACCGUCGACCUGCACAUCCUCAGCCAUCUGAUGAGCCAACCAGCAGACCGGCGCUGCGAGUUUGUCAUGGAGGUCACCGACAAGACCCGUGCUGACGUCAAGGGUGGUACUCUGAUUCAGUAUGACAAUAAGCUCAGGCUGCUGGAGAUCGCUCAGGUUCCCAAAGCGCACGUGGACGAGUUCAAAUCCGUCACCAAGUUCAAGAUCUUCAACACCAACAACCUGUGGAUCAGCCUGCCUGCGAUUAAGAGGCUGCACGAGCAGAACGCCAUGAACAUGGAGAUCAUCGUUAACCCCAAGACUCUGGAUGGCGGCCUGAACGUGAUCCAGCUGGAAACGGCCGUCGGCGCUGCCAUUAAGAGCUUCGACAACGCUCUGGGCAUCAACGUCCCGCGAAGCCGCUUCCUCCCCGUCAAGACCACCUCUGACCUGCUGCUGGUCAUGUCCAACCUGUACAGCCUGGACGCUGGGUCUCUCACCAUGAGUAAGAAGAGGGAGUUCCCCACCACACCGCACGUCAAACUGGGCAGCUCCUUCACCAAGGUGCAGGACUUCCUGCGCAGGAUCGAGAGCAUCCCGGACAUGCUGGAGCUCGAUCACCUCACCGUGUCUGGAGACGUCACCUUCGGCAAGCAGGUCACUGUGAAGGGCACGGUUAUCAUCAUCGCUAAUCACGGAGACCGGAUCGACAUUCCAGCCGGAGCCAUGCUGGAAAACAAGAUCGUCUCCGGGAACCUGCGCAUCCUGGACCACUAAGACCGCACAUGCAUACACACACCAAAUUACACAAAAUGUCCCAUCCUUUAUUAAAUCAGCCUGUGUUAGUGUGUGUAUAUGUGUGUGUGCUCAUAGUUUUUCUUAAGAAUGUAGUGCAGUACAUGCCGCUUGCCCUCAAUUCGAAUGUAAACUGUGAAACUGUGAAUGUUUGAGCCCGACCCUGUUGGCGGGGGGUUUGGGGAUUGUAUGGUGUAGACCGUCAACACACUGAAGUUCCCAUUGUGAUGUUUUUAGUUACUGAUCCAGGAUCUGUUGCUCCUUGAGCUCAAAAACAAGCAACCAAACUCUGUAUGAAGGCAGGGUCUCAACUGUUACUUGUCCUGCAUUUCAGAAAUUAAAGUGCAAUAUGCUGUUACACCA